GGACGAAACGAAGCUCGUCGAAGUCUCGAAGACUCAAAGCUCCUAGCUGUAGACGGGUCGGGUGUGCUGGAUCCAAAAUCAAAGUCGAUCAAGAUUCAAGAGAAUCAAGACAUAGUGAAGUAGUGAACCCAGUCAACUCGUCGAGGUUCUCGAAGAAGUGAACCCAGUCUCGAGAAAUCGUUCCCCAAUCCAAACGCUUCUUCAAUCUUCUGUUAGGAGAAGGCCAAUCGAGGGUUCCAACUACCAAGUUUCGAUUUUCGAAAACGGUUGUUCUCUCACAUUAGACUCGAAGUCAGGACCUUUUGAUCGAUAGCCGAAAGGAACAGUCUAUCUUCGGUGUGGAGAUCUUUAUUUUUCAACUUCAGGAAAUAAUAUCCUUCUCUGUUAAUCGGUAUUAGGCAGUUGCAACCACUAUGUUCAUAUCUAAACUCUCACAACUUGGAUGGAUGGCCAGGGAGCUCACAAGAGGUCAAUUUGCAUCUGUAACUAGAAAAGCACAUUUGCAAGGGCCUUACAGUCGUCAUUUUCAGCCUCUGGUUAGCUAUUCUUUUUCUGAUUGCAAGAAGCAUUGUACUUUUUCAACCACAGCUGCUGACAACACUCAAGAGGAAAAGAAUGAGCAGAAAGAGAAGAUAUCGGUGACAUUUGUUGACAAGGAUGGAGAGGAGAAGCAUAUCAAAGUCCCUAUUGGAAUGUCUAUGUUAGAAGCUGCCCAUGAAAAUGACAUAGAACUUGAAGGAGCUUGUGAGGGCUCACUUGCAUGUUCCACAUGCCAUGUGAUUGUGAUGGAUAUGGAGUACUAUAACAAACUAGAGGAUCCCACAGAUGAGGAGAACGACAUGUUGGAUCUUGCUUUUGGUCUCACAGAAACGUCUCGUCUGGGUUGCCAAGUUAUUGCAAAGCCCGAACUUGAUGGAAUUCGCUUAGCGCUGCCUGCUGCAACUCGAAAUUUUGCUGUUGAUGGGUAUGUAGCAAAACCACAUUAGACAAUCUCCAUGGAAGGCAAGUGGAUAAUAUUCAAUCUUGUAAAUCAUUCAAUUAUCUCAUUUUUGUAGCUUUCCCAUUUAGUAAAAGGUGUAUGCCCUUUAUUUGGUAAGUUAUUUGUAUAAUGCUCAGCCCUCGUUGCAUCCUUGGAUUAUUUACAAUUUCCUCAUAAAAAAAUUACAAUAUGUUAUUGCAAGUGGAUCUUGAUUGUACUCAA